AAAGCAAAUUUAUAAGACGGUUCGGGAUUCAAUUCUAGGGCAGCGAUUACCCCUACUUUCGUCCCCAAAUUUCACUCUGCAACCUUCUUCAUCGAUUCCUCUCUCUCUCUCUCUCUCUCUCUGAUUCGAUCUAGUUCAGAAGCUUGACAAUGCCUCAGAGACACUCGAAGAACAACAAUGACCUCGCGUUCUUCACCUACGACGAGAAGCGGAAGCUCGGGUACGGCACCCAGAAGGAGAGGCUCGGCAGGGACUCGAUCAAGCCCUUCGACGCUUGCUGCCUCUGCCUCAAGCCCUUCAUAGACCCCCUGUGUUGCCAGAAGGGACACGUGUUCUGCAAGGAGUGCAUCCUCGAGUGCCUCUUGGCCCAGAAGAAGGACAUCCAAAGAAAAAUAGCUGCUCAUGAUGCUCAGGAGAAGCAUGAGAAAGAAGAGGAAGAAGAGAGGCUAAUGCUGCAGAAAGCUAGGGAACUUGAUGCAUUCGAUCAGCAAAACCACGGUGCAGUACCUCAAUACACUGAUAAAAAUCACAGCCAAGACAAGAAUGGUUUCCAUGGUGCGAACAGUGUCAAGGUUACUUCUUACGAGGAGGAAGCACUUCGAACCAUGAAGGCAUUUUGGCUACCCUCAGCUACUCCAGAAGCUCCUCUUAAGGUAGAGGCACCAUCCACCGGCACAGUCUGCCCAGAAGGCAAGGAGAAACUAAAGCUGAAGACCCUUUUUCCUAUUUGCUUCGUAGAAGACACCAGUGAGAAGAAGAAACCUAACUCCCUGGACAAGACAUAUAUAUGCCCUAGCUGCAAGGUCACAUUGACCAACACUGUGUCACUAGCUGCGCUUAGCUCCUGUGGGCAUGUCUUCUGCAAGAAAUGCGCAGAGAAGUUUAUUGUCGUCGAUAAGGUUUGUCUUGUUUGCGAUAAGCCAUGUAAAGAGCGGAACUUAGUGAAGUUGGAAAAGGGCGGGACAGGUUUCGCUGGGCAUGGGGAUCAUCUCCAAGCGACCGAGUUCAAACAUUUGGGGAGUGGUUCAGGUUUAGGGCUGGUGAGACCUGCAAUGAAGACCUGAAUCUUAAUUUUUAGUUGUGUCUCAGCCAACAUGUUUAUUUUGUUAGAGGAAAAUGGGGGUGGCUAAUUUCGAAUUUUGCUUAAUUAAGAUAUCCAGUUGUGCUCUGUAUGUCCUUUUGUGUAGAAUGGCGAUGUAAAUGUACCCAUCAAAUGAAUUUUUUAAUCCGAAGCGUUCCAGAUUUUCCU